UUUUUAAUUUUGAAAGAGGUAGCGGCAAUUCCUAGAGAGAGAACCAAAGAGAGAGAAAGAGAGAGUGGUGAAGAAGAAGAUAACCAAGCUCUGCUAUCUCACACAAAACGCAACUACAAUUAGGAAUUUCCUAAUUUGCAGCAAAUUCAAUUUGUUGACCUAAAUUUAUCCCUUUUCUCUUAUUCAUUUCCAACACCAUCAGAUGAUGUUGUCGAGAAUGGAGAGUAAGAAGAAUAGUUUGGUUUCUGGGAACCAGAAGAAAUUGUUAAAGGAUGUUGACACUAUGAAUAAAGCUAUGCACUUGGAUAAAAAUGUUUCAAGGAGUUCAGUAUCUGGUUCGAAUUUGAAUUCUCGAUCUAAAACCACGGGAAAACCUGUAUUUCCUGAUUCAAAACCAAAGGCUAAAGGUAGUAAUAGUAAUGAUGAUAAUGAUGGUUUGCAGAAGGAUAAAAGGUCUAUAUGGAAUUGGAGGCCGUUGAAGGCGCUUUCGCAUAUCCGAAAUAAACGGUUCAAUUGUAGUUUUUAUCUUCAUGUACAUUUGAUUGAAGGUCUGCCUUCUAGUUUUGAUGGUUCGAGUUUUUCUGUGUAUUGGAAGAGGAGGGAUGGGGUUUUGGUGACUCGUUUGGCAAAAGUGGUUCAGUCUGUAGCUGAAUUUGAUGAGAAGUUGACUUACACUUGCUCGGUUUAUGGCAGUAGGAGUGGACCUCACCAUUCUGCAAAGUAUGAAGCAAAGCAUUUUUUGCUCUACGCUUCUCUUCUCAGUGCACCGGAGCUUGAUUUGGGGAAACACCGAGUUGAUCUCACGAGGUUGCUUCCUCUUACUCUGGAGGAGCUUGAGGAGGAGAAGAGCUCGGGUAAGUGGACUACUAGUUUCAGGUUAUCAGGAAAGGCCAAGGGUGCUGUGAUGAAUGUCAGUUUUGGGUAUAUGGUUGUUGGUGAUAACACCAGUGCGACCAAAGAUAGCCAUAAUGCUCCUAAUGUAUUGACUUCGAGGCAGAGUAGUCUUGCAUCGAUGAAACCAGACGUUAAACAGAGACAGUAUGAUGGAAGUAGCAGCAUGAGGCGUGCCGGAAGUUUUCACGGUGUUAGCAGUCAGUACUCUUCACAAGCUGUAGAAUCGGUAAAAGAUCUUCAUGAGGUGUUGCCAUCUUCUAAGUCUGCACUAGCCAGCUCAAUAGGUGUCUUAUAUAAGAAAUUUGACGAGGAAAAAGAAAGCAGAUCUGUGGACAACAAACCUGAUCCUGAUUUGUCAAAAGAAAAUAUUGAGCUAAUCAAACCAGAUGCACGUGCUUCAUCUGAUAUUGGAAAAGAAACGCUGGAAGUGCUUGCAGUUAACGAUGAAAAUACAUGUCCAGUGCUUGACACACCUGAACUCGAUGUAUUUCACGAAAACCUAGAGACAGAUGCCCGUGCUUCAUCUGAUAUUGGAAAAGAAACGCCGGAAGUGCUUGCAGUUAACGAUGAAAAUACAUGUCCAGUGCUUGACACACCUGAACUCGAUGUAUUUCAUAAAAACCUAGAGACAGAUAAAAAAGAUGGCUAUCUUUCACUUGAUUCUGAAAAAGAAAACCCUGAAGACUGUCAAGAUAAGGAUUUUUUUGUCGUUGAUAAGGGUAUAGAAAUCUCACCAAUUGAACCUGUUAAAGUAGAGGAAUCGUUCACAAAGGCUUCUGAAGAUGCUUCUACAGUUGAUACUGCAGGCUUACAAGUAUCUUCUGAAGAUAGUUUUAUACAUGGUUCUCUUCAUGAGGCAAAUGAUGGUUGUAAGGAUCACACAUUGGGCCAUGAAUCUGCUUGUGAAGAUGAUGACUUAUUCACAAAUGAACUGCUGCAAGAAUUAGAAGCUGCUAUAAAUAGUGUCUCAGAUUUGGAGACGGCUGCUCUAGAAUCUCCAAAAGUUUUGGAGUUCAAAUCUGAAUAUAAGAUGAGAAAGACAAAUAGCUUAGACGAUGUUACGGAAUCGGUUGCGAAUGAAUUUUUAAGCAUGCUAGACAUAGACCAUAGUUCAACGGGCUCGAAUUCUGAAAACGAGCCUGAGUCUCCGAGAGAGCUUCUGUUGAGACAGUUUGAGAAGGAAUCACUGGGUGGUGGCUUCUCUUUAUUUGAUUUUGAUAUGGACUGUGACAACGAAGCUGAUGAUAACUAUGGUGCCUCUACUGGAUCUGAGCAGUUGAACUUCUCUGAGGCUAUGCAUUCAUCAUCCUUGUUCCAAAACCUGAACAAGGAGCAUCUCGUUGAGACUCGGGACAUUAAGGGAAAACAAAAGGCUCAAAUGCUAGAAGACUUGGAAACAGAAGCCUUAAUGCGUGAAUGGGGUUUGAAUGAGAAGGCUUUUCAUCUUUCUCCGCCAAAAGACUGUGCCGGUUUUGGAAGUCCAAUUCAAUUACCACCUGAAGAGCUUCCUGCAUUGCCUCCUCUUGCUGAGGGGUUAGGUCCUUUUCUUCAGACAAAAGACGGGGGUUAUCUUCGGUCUAUGAAUCCGUCAAUUUUCAAGAACACCAAAGCUGGUGGGAGUUUAGUCAUGCAGGUUUCCAACCCUGUUGUUGUACCCGCAGAAAUGGGUUCCGGUAUAAUGGAAGUUUUACAGUGUUUGGCUUCAGUGGGAAUUGAAAAACUCUCAAUGCAGGCAAAGGAGUUAAUGCCACUGGAAGAUAUCACAGGGAAGACAAUGCAACAAGUAGCAUGGGAAGCAAUGCCGGCCUUAGAGGGAGCAGAGAGGCAAUGUCAUUUGCAACAAGAUUUAGUAACAGGCCAAGAUACGGCGUGUGUGCAAAAGGACUUGAAAGGAACACCACCAUCUAGACCGAAGUCUGGCAAAUUUAAUUCAAGAUCAGUGGCCAACCAAACAGGCUCAGAGUUUGUUUCAAUUGAUGAUCUUGCCCCACUGGCUAUGAACAAAAUUGAAGCGCUUUCCAUGGAGGGAUUGAGAAUUCAAUCUGGGAUGUCAGAGGAGGACGCCCCAUCUAACAUCGUUGCACAAUCCAUUGGGGAAAUGUCAGCUCUCCAAGGCAAGGGCAUUGAUAUUAGCGGAUCCCUCGGCAUGGAAGGAGCUGCCGGUUUACAGUUGAUGGAUGUAAAAGACAGCAGUGACAGUGUUGACGGAAUAAUGAGCCUAUCAUUAACCCUUGAUGAGUGGAUGAAGCUCGAUUCUGGUGACAUUGAUGAUAUAGAUAAUAUCAGUGAGCAUACUUCCAAACUUCUUGCAGCCCAUCAUGCUAACUCUUUCGACUUUAUCCGCGGGAGUUCAAAAAGUGGAGAUAGGAGACGAGGCAAAGGCUCAGGUAGAAAAUGUGGUUUGCUAGGAAACAAUUUCACAGUAGCGUUAAUGGUGCAGCUUCGCGACCCGUUGAGAAAUUAUGAGCCAGUUGGAACACCAAUGCUUGCUCUUAUACAAGUUGAAAGAGAGUUCGUCUUACCAAAGCAAAAAAUAUUUUGUAGUGUGUCCGAGCUACGGAACUACAACAAUGACGAAGAUGAUGAGGGCGAAAUAGUAGCAAAGGUGGAGAUCAAGGAUACCGAAAAAGAAGAGAAAAUUUCCGAAGCAGAACUCAUUCCUCAGUUCAAGAUUACUGAAGUUCACGUAGCAGGUCUUAAAACCGACCCGCAGAAAAAGAAGCUUUGGGGCACCUCGACGCAGCAACAAUCCGGUUCACGCUGGUUGGUUGCGAAUGGAAUGGGAAAGAACAGUAAGUUUCAAUCAAUGAAGUCAAAGGCUGCAGGUAAAUCUAUUGCACCGGUUGCCACAAAGGUACAGCCUGGUGAAACGUUGUGGAGCAUUUCUUCACGAAUUUUAGGUUCUGGAAAAAAAUUGAAGGAAUUGGCAACACUAAAUCCACAUAUAAGAAACCCGAAUGUCAUUAUACCAAAUGACACUGUUAGACUUAGUUGACUGAAAACUGGAGUUCAUAAUUCAGAUUUGUUAGGGCAUCAAUCAAAUUGGAGUGGUCCUUCUAUAAUUGCAAGGUAUGGUUAUAUUAUAUAGAGAAAACAGCAUAAGCAUAGUGGAUAUUUCGCUGUAGGCUUAUUUUUCUUUUGUAAAGUUGCUUAUACCUUCAUCAGUUCUAUUUUUGUCCUGUACUUAUAUCUGUUGAAUGUACUGUGUGCAUAUUUCCAUCUGGUAAGUUAUAUACUGUAAUUGCAAAUUUAGGUCUAAAA